AAACAACAACUGUCAAAAAAGAAAGAGGACGAGGAGGACACAGACGGAUUUUACAAAUUAAUUUAAUUUACUUGUUUUGCCUAGGAAGUCCAUAAUAUUCUAUCAAAAUGUCUCUGUAUCCAUCUUUGGAGGAUAUGAAAGUCGAUACGAUGGCGCGAGCACAGAUGAGUCAUCAGCAGGGGCCGCCCUCGUACCAUGCUGCCCCCAUGCCUCCGGUGCCCAGCGCUCCUGCCCAUGUCUAUCCCGCACUUGGGAACUACAUGGGGCUGGAAUUAUCAGCGGAUGUUAUUGCGCGUAAUAUGCCCGAGUAUCAGGUUCAAACAGUCUCUUCUGGAGGUGCAGGUCGCAACUUGAUUGCCCCCAUAUCGUCCCAGUCACCAUCACUGGUGAAAGCUACUGUUACCGGUGCUAUCAGGCAGGUUGUCCUUUGCAAGGAUAGAGAUGGCAAGUGUGGAUUGAGGCUACACUCGGUCAACAAUGGAGUGUUCGUAUGCUAUGUUGGAACAGGCAGUCCGGCCGCCCUUGCUGGGUUGAGAUUUGGGGAUCAGAUAUUGGAGAUCAAUAAUGUGGCUCUUGCAGGAAUGAGCAUGGACCAAUGCCAUGGAUUAUUAAAGAAAGCCCCAGCCAAUGGCAUUUAUAUGGCUGUCCGUGACAGACCGUUUGAGAGGACAAUAACCCUUCACAAAGACUCGCUUGGUCAUGUUGGAUUCCAUUUCAAGAAUGGCAAAAUUGUUGGACUUGUUAAAGAUUCGUCAGCAGCUCGCAAUGGCUUGUUAACAGACCACCAGCUCUUAGAAAUCAAUACAAUUAACGUUGUUGGAAUGAAAGAUAAGGAGGUUUCUAAAGUUAUUGAUGAGAGUCCGUCAGUCGUAAACAUAACCAUAAUACCCUGCUAUAUUUAUGAGCACAUGAUAAGCAAGAUGUCAUCAACAUUGUUCAAAGAGUUGGAUCGUACACCUGCAGUUUAAAAGGACAGAUGCUUUUAUUCUAAAUUAAGCCACCCUUUUCACGAAUUUAUAUUACAUAAUUAUUAUUUUCUAUUGGCACAUACUGUAAUCUGUUUCACUUUUGUAACUAAAAUAGUGAUAGCACAUAAAAUAAGAUAAAUGAUGAGCAGAUAAUUAUUUCCAUUUGAUCCUAAUGAGUGGUGAAAUGCACCAUACACUUUGGUUGUUUAUAAAGAUAGGAGAUAGCAUUAAUGACUGCUCGACUAAUCUGGUUAGAGUGGUUGCCUACUAUCUACGUACAUGCUAUCUUGAUUCAGAAAUACCAAGUUUGUUUGAACCUAUUGAUUGCCUCAGGGGAAACGAUUUUUUAGCAUUGUUUUAAGUAUAAUGUUGCGUCAUGCUAGUUAGUAACGGCUGUGAGGAUCUGUUGCCAAUGAAGGAGAUUAUUAUCAUACCAAAUUUUGUUGCCAUAUUUUAUUUGAAAUUUCUCAGAUGCAAUGACCUAAUACUUGACCAGUAGGCCUAGAAUGCGCGCCGCGAUAAGCGGUUAUCACGCCAUUUUAUCGAUUUUGUCCAUACAUUUUGACGUCGAUAAGAGUAUAUCACGGCGCGCAUCCUAGCCCAGCAGGUCAGAAUGAUGGAAAGAAAGGUCGAUUUUUUAAUCACUCGUUCUACAUUUUUUGGGACAAAGCAUUCUACUUGAUGGAAUGGUGCAUGUCUAAAUGUAUCUCCCUUAUUCAUAUAAAAAAUAUUAAUUCAUAUCACUAUUCAUAUUUUCAUUUCAGUGUGAUGAAAGCCAUUAACUAGAAUUUUGCUUCAUAAGACAAUUACUUUUUUUUAUGAAUAGGGGAGUAU